CGCUCACCACGCCCACAUUUUCCAAGCAGACAGGAGCCACAAUGUGGCGCACGCUCGGUAGUGAACACGGUAUACGACUGUUCAUUCAUAAACACAGCGAAUGCAAACUGACUGACAGUUGAAUCGAGAGUAAGAAAAUCAACAAUUCCGGACAAUCAAGCUUUUGACACCAAGAGAGCAAAUCACCACUUUUAUCUGGGCGUUUCUUCCUUUUCUUGAGGUUGUGUUUAUUUCACUAGUUUGUCACAGCUUCAGAUCCGAAGAAUGAGAGGGAAUCUUUCCCAGAACGAAGAUAUUUCAGCGUAUUAUUCAAUGAUGCCAGUCUCGGACUUCCAUGAAAAUGUUCCCUGUACGGUGGAGCCCGCGGAGAGUGUCUGUGGAGCGACAGAACCUGUCACCUCUAGACCGCGGAUGGGGAAUACCUCUCUGGCGCAGGAUAGAGGAUGCGCGCAGGACGUAGCUGAAGAGUUAAAGGAAAAAACUGUGCUUGCCCCACCAAUGUUCAUCUUUCAAAAGAAAACCCCAUCCAUGAAGAGAAGCGCAGAGAGAUGGGAGGAGGGCUCAGUUAUGGGAAUCAGUCCAAACAAACGAGUCAGAUCGCUCACCUACCCUAACAACAGAAACAGGAAAGGCUCCUGUGACGGCAGUAGACGAGUGCGAUCAAGUUCUCUCUCUUUUCCCCCGCGUCCUCCAGUCUCAAGAUCAAAUGUCUUCAUGCCCUCAAAUCUCUGCAGCCAGACCAACAUUUCCCAAAACAAAGUGUCACCUCUGAACAGGGUCAGAAGGUCAUUACUUCAGCCUGCACGUCUCCUCGCCCCUCAGCCCAGGAACAACAUCUCACAGCCACACCUAUCUGAGGUCAGCCAUGACCUUUCAGACGAUUGCUGCAGCGUCACAACUGACCACUCCUCCACUGUGAGUGUAUUACAUCCGAAGACGUUCCCUCAAGUUCACAGAGCUACGUGGUGUCAGAGACACAGUUUAGUUCCCAGCAAUGAUUCUGAACCUGCUGACCUCUCUGCUGACCUCUGGUUCACCCUCUACAGAUUGAAGGCAGACACUAUUACCUCAGACAGGGUCCAGUUUGUAUUUGGGGAAAACAUGGGCGCGAGAGUUUUGAGACCACAGAAAUUGCCCAGCAGUGAACAUUCUGAUUGCAGCUCCUCCACCUUUGAGACAAGGCAUAAAGGUGCUGUGUGGAGCAGCCUGAGGGAGUCUGCUGCAGCUUACACAGAGUCCUGUGGGAGGCAGCGUGUGCUCAGGCGGGUUCAGCUGUUCACUGGGGAGGAGAAGGAGAGCAAUGUGGUCCAGCUAACCUGCAGACUGUUUGUUCUGGAAAAUGGAACUCAGGCAUGGAAUGAGCGAGGGAGAGGAGUCCUGCGACUCAAUGAUCUAAUGGCAGGGACCAAAGGAGGGCUGCAGUCCAGGAUAGUGAUGAGGCACCAGGGCAGUCUGAAAGUCAUCCUCAACACUAAGCUCUGGCCCCACACACACCUGCGUCGCCCCGCACGUCGGAACCUCCAGGUGACGGCCACCGACGUGGAGACCCAGGCCAUCCGGGUGUUCCUCAUCCAGGCCAGCGCCAGGGACGUGGCUCGCCUCUACGUAGCCAUCCACCAUCGGCUGGUAGCCCUACGGGCCAGUGCUGCUGGGCUGGAGGCAGGGGCUGCAGGGGGCAGGACCAGGGAGGGACACUGCAACAGUGAGAAUGAGGAAGAGGAGGAGCAGGAUGAGCAGAGACAACGGCAAGAACGAGAAGGGCUGCUAGUGACACGAUUGCGACCUGUGGUUUGUGAUUGGAUACACAGUAAACCCAGUUUGGAAUCUUGGUGACAUGACAUUAUACUGACCUGGACCAUGCAACAGUUUGUGGUGUCAUCACAUCUGAACAGAACUUUUAACCAUCAUGGAACAAAACAUCAAGAGACCACUUUCAAAAAUACAUACUAGCAUUUACUGAGCUACCAUGACUACCCUUUGCCAAAAGAACAUACAUUACCAAAAGUAUGUGGACACCUGCUUGUCGAACAGCUGAUUCCAAAAUCAUGGGCAUUGAUAUGGAGUUGGUUCCCCCCCCCCCCCCCCC